CUCCCACACAGACUUUCUGUGCGCAUGCGCAGCUCCUCUCCAAGCGUGGUACUUCGGCUUCUUCCGUGGCCGCUCGGUCAUUUUCGCCUCUUUGUUUACUGUUAGUGGAUUUAACUCGGAUUCAACCCAAUAUCCAGCGGAUUGGGCUGUUCCCAAGCAGGCUCCAAUGAGAGGCGCUCCAUGAUGUGGAGCUAACGUUGUUGGCCACGCAACUGCAGGAAGAGACGUGGACACUGCACCAUCCACAGUCGACGCAUGGCGGUAUUAGGGAACCCCGACAUGCUGACAAGGAAGAUAAAGCUGUGUCACAUUAAUGCCCACAUCACAUGUCGCUUGUGUGAGGGCUACCUGAUUGACGCCACCACCGUCACGGAGUGUUUGCACACCUUCUGUAGAAGCUGUCUAGUGAAAUACCUGGAAGAAAACAACACGUGUCCCACGUGUAGGAUUGUUAUUCAUCAGAGCCAUCCACUGCAGUACAUUGGCCAUGACAGAACAAUGCAAGACAUCGUCUACAAAUUGGUACCGGGACUUCAAGAGGCGGAGAUAAGGAAGCAGAGGGAGUUCUACCAGAAGUUGGGGAUGGAGGUGCCAGGAGACAUUAAAGGAGAGCUGUGCAACAUGAAGACUCAUUUAGAUCAGCACAACGGUGAUGCAAAAUCAGAGGAUACGGCGAAUAAGGAGGCAGGAGAGGAGAAACCAGAAGAGGAUAAUGACUAUCAUCGUAGUGAUGAGCAGGUCAGCAUCUGCUUGGAGUGCAACAGCAGUAAACUACGAGGUCUGAAGAGGAAGUGGAUUCGCUGUUCGGCACAAGCUACAGUUCUCCACCUCAAGAAGUUCAUCGCCAAAAAGCUUAACCUAACGUCAUUUAAUGAGCUGGACAUUUUAUGCAAUGAGGAAAUCUUGGGAAAAGACCACACUUUGAAAUUUGUUGUCGUGACGAGAUGGAGAUUUAAGAAAUCCCCCCUCCUGCUUCAUUACAGACCCAAGAUGGAUCUGCUGUAGCUAAAAAAAACAAAAAAAAACAGACACAACACGGACUGUGCCCACACCCUUUUUUGUUCUUUUUUUUAAUUAUUUAUGCAAAAGACGAUCAACACCAAGCAAACACCUGACCGUAAAACGUCCACACAUGCCAGCAAACUGGGAUGUAAAUGGCGGGAAGUGACAAUAUGGAACAAAACUGACAAACUCCAGCACAGAUACGGCAACGCCGGCGCAUUUUUAAGAACUAAUCCGUCUUUUCUUUUUUUUGUCCGCUACAUCCUAGAUAUGUGAACAAAUACAAAAAAAAGAGAUUGAGAGAGAGAGAGAGAGAGAGAGAGAGAGAGGAUAUAUUUAUACUUUUGUACAGAGGAGACACAUGGAACCAAGACACUACUGGUGCUCUGUUUACACGUAAACAAGAUGUCGGGAUUCAUGUGAUCGUGUUUUUUGAGCUUCAUACGUACAUAAGUGAAAAGGAGAGAUGUUUUGAUAUAUAUAUAUAUUAAAAAACAAAAGGUUUUGCUUCUUACUACACACUCGACACACGUUGGCAUUACGGAGAAAGUUAUAAACACAACCAUCAAUUUUUGUUUUAAGCUGUUAAAUCGUCUCGGCUGUUUUUCUUUUUUGUUGGCUUUGUCUAAUUUUGGGUUUUUCCAUGACUGUCAAUUGUGAAUAGUAGUAAUUUAUGUUCUGUAUACCAGUGUUGUACAUAAAAUGUCAUUACGAGAGAGAGAGAGAAUGAAGAGUAACUUUAGACUGUUGAAGAAGAGCAGAUCCCAGAAGUGCUACUAUCUAUAUGUAGGACAGAGAUUUAAAAAAAAAAAAAUAAUAAUUAGGAUUUGAAAAGAGACUCGCUGUUGGUUAAAAAAAAAAUUAUAUAAAGGCUUCUUUAUGUUGUCUGAGAAUGACAAAACUAAUGUAUCAAACCCGCUUCCAUGUUAUGUCCGGAGUCAAAGUACGUUUGCAUUUCACUUGUAGCAUUACAAAAACCAGAAAUUUCAACGCAGUCAUCUCCGCUGCAGUUAUUUAUUUAUUUUUCUGUAGUGUAAUAUGUAAACAUGUUUUCAAAAACCCUGAUGUCAAGAAAAGCCAGACGGACUUUUUUGUUUUUGGCAAGGCUUGUUUAUUUUUCCCAGUUAUAUAGUGUCUUACGGUUUUCCCACCAUGCAGUCCUUAUUAUCCGUCCUUGUGUUGCAGCAGCGCCAGUGUGGUCGAUUUUUACUCUCAAAGUUCCACCCACGUGUUUACAGCUUUCACAUCGAGCUGCGAAUGGCAGAUGUUGACACUGUGCACAAAAAAAAGUUGUGGCUGUAACACAAUUCUACAGGCGGUAGAAUUGUCCUGCUUUCCCAAAUUAAAUUCCGAUAUUGAUAUU